ACGAAGAAAAAGAGGGAGACGAAGAAGAAGAAGGGCAGUACUCCUCCAGCGCCUUCCUGUGUUUACUCUGUUUUCCGAUGAAAUGCUAACAUGCAGAUAGACUCCCAUGUUUCUCGGCCAAGACAUGACUUGCUGGAUUCAAGCGGCACAUUUCGUGUCCUGGUCGGUGUGACAGGAAGCGUUGCAGCACUGAAGCUGCCUCUUCUGGUCUCCCAGCUUCUUGAGCUACCCGGGGUGGAUGUAAGAGUGGUCACUACAGAGCAUGCCAAGCAUUUCUAUGACCUUGCUGAGGUUGCAGUGAAAAUCUAUAGUGACAAGGACGAGUGGGAGCUGUGGACCCAGCGCUCUGACCCUGUGCUGCAUAUUGAGCUAAGACGCUGGGCAGACCUGUUCGUCAUCGCCCCAUUAGAUGCCAACACUCUUGGAAAGAUUGCUAAUGGCAUUUGUGACAACCUGCUGACAUGUGUGGUAAGAGCCUGGGAUACCAGUCGCCCUCUGCUCUUCUGCCCUGCCAUGAAUACAGCCAUGUGGCAGCACCCCAUCACUGCCCGACAAGUAGACAGCCUCAAAGAGUUUGGAUACGUGGAGAUCCCAUGCAUUGCCAAGAAGCUUGUAUGUGGAGAUGAAGGGAAAGGGGCCAUGGCAGAGGUAUCAACGAUUAUUGAUGUAGUCAAACAGUAUCUUCAGAAACCUGAGGAACCACGUCCUCUCACGUGAAGGCCUCAUCGUGUUUUCAGCAGACCUCUAAGAGCACUGGGUAAUAAAUAUGUGAGGAAGUCCUGGAUCAUUUUUAUUUAUGGUGCAACCCUGUACAAGGCUUUGACCACAACGUCAGUGAAAUAAAACCAACUAAAGGAGUUGGAUCAUGCCUCUUUGCUGUUUGUUGAUCCCAAAGUUGCACUGGCAUGAGUGACGACCUGAAAGACUCAGGACACAGCUUUUCAGUUUGUUAAAUUAUUUGUUUUACUGAUGCUAUAUACUCAGGUAUCCAUUGAAAACGAGAUUGUGGUUUCAAUGAGAUUUACCUCAUUAAUCAAAGUUAUUAUUAUUAUUAUUAUUAGAUGCCAUUUAUCCCCGUCCUUUUCCUGAUUAGCUUUUUUAUUGUCUAUAUCCACUUAUCCUAAAUUUGCACUGACAAGAGUAAUGGAUUGUGAGACAGGAGUGACUGUCCGCCUCCCCUUCCUGAAUUCCACAUUUGUUAUGUGAUGCCUCAUUGAACUCAGGAGAAGGUUUCCUGUUAAGUGGUGGUUUCAGUUCAGCUCAACCUCCCUGUCUCAGUGGCUGCUUCAGCCACACUGAGAUGUGUGGCGGCCUGUACAACUGAGGCGAGUUUCCUGUUGGUUGGUGAUGUUAUUUACGAGCCUCCCCCUUUCGUAAACUGGCUAGGCAUCUCUACUCACUCCAAAUUCACACUGACAUGGCUGACAUGGCUUAUUUGACUGAGUAUGGAGGGUCCUACUGAUUGAUAAUUAAAAUGUUUGAUUAUCUCCACUCAUGCCUAAUUAUCCCAUCUCCAAGUAUUCCAAAGAUAUUAGGUGCCAUGUGAUGUCACCACCUGGCCACAGCAUGAUUUUAGAUGUGAGCAAACCCACAAGUGGUCUAGGGUUCAGUGACUCUUAAAUUAUCUUUCUUCUUUCCUGACUGGCUGUUGAAUCUGUUGAUCCCAACUAUGAUGGGCCCAGUGUGCAGGAUCUCACUGAUAAUGCACCCUGUAUGUUUAAUUUCUGGUCAUAUAUUGUAUUGUUUUUGACAUGUUAGUAAGUGCUGUGGCCAUCUUGGCAUACUCACUCUUGUAAAGGAGAUGUGUGUUAUUAAUAGGUCAGUCUGGUUAAAUAAAGGUUCAAACAGUG